AUGUCGGACGUGGUCACCGAGUCGCGCGACGAUGACUCGUCCUCGGUGAUCACCAUUCCUGCCCAGAUACAGGCCGCUGCACAGACCGUUCCGUUGUCACCGUCCUCAAAAUUCGCAUCUGCACUACCAUGUACUUCCCCCCCAAAUCGCUCGGCGUCGCACCCACCUACUCGCUCUACAGCCGAUGCCGCUGCUUCCGCUUUGCCGUCGGCAAGCACUAGCCCCGGCGCACACACCCCUCAACCCACUUGCACCGUCGACACGCUCCAACUCGCUUCCGACGCUCUUUCCAACCUCUCAACAUUCCACCCAGAUGCCACUGCCACUGCAACUGCCGUGCCCACUGCCGCCGCCGAGCUCCUCUCGGCCAUUCGCCGCAAGGACAAAAAGGCCCCCGCCAUUCAGAGUCCCCACCCCGGCAGCACCGGCUUAGCUCGCUGUCGCAGCGCUGCCACCACUCCGGUUCCUACCUCCUUCCUACUAGGUUUCAAGCACGACUCGCUUGACGUCACUGCCAAUUCUUCGCGAGCAACCACUCCCACGCGUACGCCUUCUGGUCGUGCAAAGCGUCAGCGACGCGAGCGCAAUCCUGCCACCCCGAGCGCUUCUACCUCUGCACUGCCAAGUAUCGAACAGAAUGACCGCAGGCGAUCCGCCAGAGUUGCCAAAGCCGUCACUACCACCGCUUCUGACUCGCCUUCGCUGCCCAAUCUGGCACUGUUCGGCUUUUCUCCUUAUCUCGAGAGUCUUGUGUUCAAUGCAAAAGACACAGAUCGCCGCACCCGCUCAGGAGCCAGAGGCUUCCGCACACCGCUCGAUCGUGGUCCUACUCGAGUCAAGCGUGCCGCUCCCAAAAGUAAAGCAAAGGAUGCUGAUCCCGAUGCUCCCGAUGAUGACGCCAAGUCAGAGCUCUAUCGUAUGCUUUGCAUCAUUUCGUAUCAACUGCAAGCACACCUUGACCUGGUGCCUCACCGAUCCCUCGAUCAGCUCCGUGCCCAGUUCAGCACCCUUUCGCCUGAUGCAGACGAUCAUAUCGAUGCCCAACAGCAUGCAGUGAGCACUGCUAAUGCCAGCGUGGCAUUAGGCGCUUUUCCCGAUUCGAGUCGUGCUGCUACGUCUGUCACCAAUGUUCAGAAGCAAGAACAGCAUGAUGCAGUCACCGCAACCGUCUCUACCUACACACACCCCGUCAUUGUCAAGACCGAGCCUCUUGCAUCUCCUCCGCUGUCGAUGCGGCAACCACAUCCGCAAUUGCAUUCGCAUUUGCCUCGCCGAUCGUACUCGCCCGAAUCUUCUCCCGAAGUGGCGCUGAUGGACAGCGUCAGAUCCACGUACAGCGGUAUUACCUCCUAUUAUGACAACUCGUCGCGUGAUGAUUACCAGCCCCAUCACGAGCAACAGCGCGAGCGCCACCCAUGGCCUGCAAAAGUUCACGAAUCAGAGGAUGAGCCCAUGUCUCCCGUCUUGCGACCUGCUCGCAGCAACAUCAUGUCAAUCUCUGCGCUCAUGAGUGGGCCCAGUCCAGUCAGACCGCGUUCGCCCACUCCCGAGCUCAUUCAAACACCUCCGAGACCCGUAGAAUCACUGCCCAUGUUGACACAGGAAUGGACAGAGGACGACGAAAUGGCCUCGCGCUUUCUUCAAGCUUGUGCCGAUUCCAUACCCAAGAUUGACACCACCGAGCUUGAUCGGCUCACCCAGAUCGCUCAGCUCGCUGCCUUCGAUCUCGAAAUGCUUUCCGCACCAUCAUCUCCCCAUGAAUCGACACCGUCUUUGGCGACGCCAACCACAGACCAACAGCGACACUUCAGCAACGCUCAACUCGAACCGCAGAAACUGAAUCCGCUCGACACGCUCGACACACAGAUGCUGUACGACCGAGAGGAAGCAGAGUACAUCGACGAGAUGGAGGCCAAUGACGAAUUGUACAAAACCGUCCGGUACCUGGCUCGCUUUGACGAGGUGGUUGACGAAUGGAGAGCGGGCGAAUUGGCGCGUCUUCGAUUGCAGCUCGAGAUGCGUAAAGCAGAGAUCGCACGCAUCUGGACGUGUGAUCGUAAGCUGAUUUGGUCCACCUUUGUCGACAACCGGGCUGGCGAGUUGUAUCGCAAGCAGAUGGUCAAGGCGAGUCACGCGCGAUGGCAAGCAGAGCUUGAGCUCGAUUUGCUCGAGGUGCAUCGCAGAAAGACACGAGGAGUAGCCAAGCUUACCAAGGAUAUCUGGCUGCCAAGACACGGCACUCCAGAGGUCCAAGAGGCUGCGGCUAUCUACAAGCGUUUUGGUCAGUUUGUCUCUGCAGCAAAGUACCCAGAUCGAGACGAUCCACUGGUCAGGGCGGAUGUUCGAAAGAUGCGUAUCGCUUUGCGAGCACACAAGAGUCGCUCGCAGGAGGCAAGAAUGGUCGUCAAUAGGCAGGUAGGCGAAGUUGGCAAGGUUGUAGCAGAUCGAGACGAUGCGGUUCUCGACGCGCAGCUGAAUGACGUCUCUUGCAGAAGCGAAUCUAGCUCGGACGCAGGAGAUGGCUCUGAUGGAGAAGAGUACAGUUCAGACUCGUCCUACGUGUCAUCUACAUCGGGCAUAUCUUCACUGCCCUCAUUCAGCUCCCUCUACAGCUCACCAGAUGCUCGCAGCGUUGCCGACGGAACAUCCGACUUGGAGGGGCUCGCUUCCGAGUUGGCUUCAGUGCGCGAUGCCGAUGCGGAUGCGGAUGCAGAUGCCGAUGCAGACGCCGAUGCCGAUGCCGAUGCCGACUCGGACGAAGACGCGGACGCGGACGAGAGUCUUUGGGCUCGGCAAAUCCGACUUGCCAACCAACAGGACGAGCAGAGCCUGGCUGCAAGUGCGACAGCGUCCGGCGUGCAGACUCCAGCCGUGAAUGGCGACAUUCGCUCGGCCAUAACCAGUCGACCCACAACCCCCGUGGAUGUAGGCACAGCACCAGCUCGUAAGCGAGAGAGGAAGAAGAGGAAGAAGCCACCUCCGCCCGGUGCCAGGCUGUGGAAGAAAGGUCGUGUUCAGCAGGACACUGACGGUGCCGAAGCCCAACUGGCUUCCUCGACGCAGCCGCAGCAAUCUCAGGAACAGAACAAGCUCAAGGCGGAGUAUGAUGCUCAAUCUGUUAUCUACCAGAACGGCAACAGUCUGCACAACGAUAUCGAGAUGGCCGCCGUCGACGAGCAACAGAGCCGAGCUGCGAGUCCCAAGAUGCAAUCCGCACUCAUGCAAGCAAGAGAGACGGAAUACGAUCACCGCCGCCAAGAGCAGCCUUUGUCGUCCCGCCACCCGUCGUCGUACGCUAACGGCUACGAUAUACGACCUAGCUAUCCCAGCGGCAGUACGGGUGAUGAGUACGAGCAGCGUCGAUCCUUCCACCACGUCGAUGCGUACUCUGGUGGUGUACGAGGCUACGCGAGCUAUACAGAUGCGUAUGCUCGUCCCGUUGUUUAUGGUGGAUAUCCGCAUAGCGCGCUUGCUUCAUCCACGGCGUUCCUCGGCACCAACGGCGCAAGAGCAGAAGGUCAAGCGCCGCAGCACUCCGCUCGCACACCUUCUCCUCCUCCUCUGGACCACAUGAUGCAUCCAGCCUACCUCUCGUUUCAACACCCUACAUCGUAUGCCUACCCUUCUCACCCUCCACCACCACCCGCACAGCCGCAGCAUAACUCGGCGCGUGGCCCACCACAACGGCCGUACUAA